CGGCGAGUCGCCGCGCUGCUCGGGCUUGGCGUCGGCCGGGCCGGGCCGCUCAGUUGACCGCCAACAUCCGAUCAGGACACGCGUGCUCCAAGACACACCCUCUGCCAACCAGCUCUGCCCGCUAGAAGCUAGAACCCACCCGUCACAAUGGCCAUCAGCAGGUUCGCUCUCGUCAAGUUCCUGGAGUUCGCGCUGGCCGCGGCCUGCGUGGGCCUCCACUACCACAGCUUCUCGGACACGCAGACGUCGCUCAUGCUGGCGUCGGCCACCUUCGGCGGCUACCUCAUCAUCACGUGCGGUGUGUUCGCCGGCCUCCUGGCUGGCACCCCCGUCAACAGGCGCAUCGACAUCUACUUCUGCCUGCUCGGCUGCGCCCUGUUCAUCGCGUCCGGCUCCCUGGCCGUGGAGCACUUCCAGAACCUCGGCAAGGGCCAGCUGCGCGACUACGGCCUGGCCAAGGCCGCCCUGGCCAUCAUCAACGGCAUCAUCUUCCUGGUGGACGCCGUCUUCGUGUACCGCGGCGACUAGAGCCCCGCGCCGCACUGCCUCCAUUCCAGUCUGAGCGGACCCUGUGGACGGCCGGGCACUUCUCGACGCCCUGCACACUGAUUCCGAGAGUCACAGAUUUCGUCGCUUUGUCUGUCUCGCACUCAUAAGCACACCUUGUAGUUACGAGAGAGACGAAGCGACGAAAACGACUCUCGGAAUUAGUCUGCUAGUCGACCUGGCGACCCGGCCGCUGCAGUGCCCCGCCCUGCCUGCCCUUCUCGGGCACGUUUCGAAUCUCGAAUCCGCCGCCCGGCCGGCCGGCACCAACAUGGCGGCCGCCGGAGAUACCCCGCGCGCUGCGGGACGCUAGCGGAGGGACUCCCAGCGCGGCGAUACCCCUCACGGCAGCGCGGGGUACAUCCGGCCGGUACAGUCACUUCCAGAAACCAGUGCGCCCGUGCCGGCCAAGCAACCAGGUGCUUCAUACAUGUGACUUUCAUUCAUCGUAGUAGUGUUGUUGUAGAUUCAUCGCUCAAACUGCACUGAUGGUUGCACUUCAAAUUUUUUUUACGUGUCGCAUCCACACUGUUAUCAUGCUCGUACAAGUUGUUUAACUUACACUGUUUUAAAUCCUCUCCCAUUUUUAAUCGGAUGCGUUUGUUCUAAAAUAUUUAUCAUUCUCGUGUCUCUCUACAAUGUAUCUUAAUUUAUACACUAUUUUUUACUUUUUUAAGCUUUUACAGUUUAAUUUAUAAGACCAAAGUAGAAGUUCGGUAAGGACAUCCACGUAGUAAAAGACGCGACAGCUGUCAUUAUACUUUACAAAACGGUUACACUUUUUUCUAUAAAUGAGUUAUGCAUUGCCAGUAUGUAUUUCCUUGUCGUAUGCUUUAACCUGCUGAUAAGAAUUUAUUAAAACUGUUUCAUAUCGUAAUCCGUGCGUAUGUACCGACAAAGACCUGUUGCAAUAAAGCUACGGCGUAUGUGCUAAAUCA